UGUUGUGGUGUUUCGUCCUGUGGGACAUCCCUCCCUCCCACAUCCUGCUUCUGUGAGGAUCUGAAGAGGAUGUGCGUACCCCCUCCCUUUCCUCAGUGACUAGAGAGCUGGGCCAAGCAUGUCUGCAGAAGAUGACGUUUUGGCUCUUGAGAAGGCUGAGAGUUUAGCACGAGGAGCAGCUCUGAAAUGGGCCUCGGGUAUUUUCUGUCGUCCUGACCAGUUGACUCACCUUGGUCAGUAUCGGAGGCGGGAGACACAGCGUAAUAACUCUAUACAGUCCCGGCUUAAGUCUGCACUGCAGUCAUACCUAGAAGGGGUAAACCAUGGCUUAUCACAGCUCCAAGUGGCGCUCUCGGAGGUUCAUGUUGUCCAACAGGCCCUGUGUGAGGUGCAGGACAUCUGGCGGGAGGGAGAAGGGUCCCUUGGCAACCUACAACCCAUUCAUCAGCUGGUAAUGGAGCAUGUUCAGCUCUCGGUAGUGAUACAAAGCCUGCCAUACAUCUAUGCUGUGCCAACGAUGAUCACACAGACUCGAGAUCUUAUUGAGAACCAGCAUCUUCUAGAUGCUCACGUCAACCUCAGGAAACUGGAAAGCCUUAGAGAUGAUGUUUUAUACAGAUUACAGAAGGUUGGACCUUUGGUAGAUCCCACUGAUGAUCAAGCUAAUGCAGAGGCCACAGAGUUAGUCCAGCAGUUUUUCACAGGUGUCCAGGGUCUGAGUGAGGAGCUGGCGCAUACACUGUUCUCACUGGCCAGAUCAGCAUUAGGGGUAGCCCGCUCUGACCCCUCUCUAUUAGUCUCUGCCAUUCGUAUCAUUGAACGAGAAGAAUUCCUGGAUGUUGAAGAGACAAAAGGUCCAGUGCUGCAGCCCUGGAAACCACCAGGACGACCCAAACACUGGAGAGAACAAUUCUUUCAUGCUUUGGAGAAAGGUGUUUAUGAGAGAGUAAUGAAGCCUGAGCUACUAUGGGAAAAUUUCUGUGCAACAGAUCUGGCAAAGCAUCUAAAGGAACUUCAAGGUCGCGUGGUGGAAGAGCUUCAGUCUGUGUGUUCUGUUUUAGUACCCUGUGUCCCACCACACUAUGACCUGGUUCGAGGUGUGGCCUUGAUGUGUCACCAUGGCAUUGCUCGCCAUCUUCGUGAUAUUCUUAACCAUGACCUUCCUCAUCCUGCCCUAUACCAUGUUCUAAGCUGGACCAUGACUGUUUAUCCCAGUGAAGAUAUGAUGGGACACCCCAACUUCUCAUCGGAGAUUGAUGUUUCCGAACUGGGACCCCCCAUCCCCCUAGAAAUGCUGGAGGAACAACUAAGUCGUUACGCACGCAGCAUGCGGGCCUGCCUCAGUCAGUGGAUACAUAAGGCAUUGGAAGUGGAGUACUCCGACUGGCUGAGGGAUCAGGAGCCAGAUAAAGACCAGGAUGGCUUCUUUCUAUCAAGUUUCCAGCAUAUUGUUAUGCAGAUGCUGAUGGAAAAUGUGCAGCUGGCAGCAGCUCUGGGAGAAAGUCUGGAGAAUCGGGUGAAAACUGCCGUGCUCUGUGAGAUGGAGAACUGUCUGGUCUGGCUGCGAGAGGCACUGGUGAAAUAUGGCAUUGAGCACAUUAAAGAUAGGACGUAUCCUACCUACUACACACAGUACUUGCUGGCCAUUAUCAAUGGAUGCUGUGCCUUAAGCUCUACAAUCUCACAAUUGCAGCCAGAAGAGUCUGUGAGUAAUAUAUUCAAAAAGGUAACACCCUGUUUACAGACAUCACUGGAAAAGACCCAGAAGAAGGCCUGUCAUCUUUUCCUGGAUGAGCUGCAGACAGAACUCCAGCCACUAUUCAGGGAAAUCCCUUCCCGACCCUGGCUAACAGGCUCUGAUAUUGUGCGUGUCAUAUGUGACAAGAUGGAGGACUUCAGCCAAUACCUGUGCAAGGCCAGAGCCCCAGUAUGCCAGUACCUGCUCAUGCAGACUGAGAGGAUGGUGACCAUUGAGUACGUUCGGGCUCUGAUAUACAGCAAGUUUGUAUGCCGAAGCUCUGGGGAAAGGCAGCAGAUGGCCCACAGGAUGGCGCUGGAUGCAGAGGAGCUGAGCACAGCACUACAGGCUAUGGGUCUAGAGGAAUCUACACUCUGUGUCCCCCUCAUUCAUUCCCUCCAGGAACUCUUUGCCCUAAAGGACCCCUCACUGCUAAGCCUAGAGGUGUCUGGAUUAAUGACAGCAUUUCCUGAUAUCAGUGAUGAUCACGUGUUGGCAUUGCUAGAGCUGCGGGGUGAUGUGACUCGAGAUCUCCGUUGUACGGUCCUCAGCACCAUGCACCGUCAGGCUCUGACUCUUCCAGAUGACUACCGGCCUAUUUUUAUAAGUAUUCCCGUCCCUUCCCGAGCACCCUCAUUUUGCCUUCACCCUAGCUCCUGUGCCUGAGGUAUGACAGCUGAGGUUUUACAGGUGCUCAACCGUGGACAACAAGAAUGUGAAGAAGUAAUAAAUAGCAAGUAGGGGUCCUGCCGAUGGUGGUGACCACCGUAGCAGCUUUUGUCGUGUCAGAGACCACUUUUUUCUGUGGACAGUUCUCAUUAGCAUUUCAGUCAUCUUCCUGCUCAUCGAACUUCAAUGAUAUAUGAAAGAUGAAAUAAAGCUAUUGUAUUAUGACCAGCAAUACAACUGACUAAUAGACUUUUUCUUAUUUUCUUAUUUACCAUUUUCAAGAUCUCUGCUUACUGUCAGUAAAUAGAAAGUGAAAACCUGUACUCACAUAGUGUGGUCUAUGUAUUUGCAGGUAAUGUUAGGCGGGGUUCACACACCAUAUGCAUACUAUACUGUUGAACUAGUCUAGAAAUUCCCACACUAGAAUCUUUUGCAACGUAUGCUGCAGAUAUUUUACAUUACAAAUGAAUGGGAUUUUUUCAAUUUACACUGUACUUUAUGUUACUGCAGAUUUUGCAACAAAUACACUGUGUGUGAACCUGGUCUUAGAAAGAAAGAAAAAAUCCCUGUAGGUUGCUUUGUAACCCCUGCUCUCUGUUUUCAGACAGAAGUCUGAUAGACAGGACUGGAGUGAGCAUAGAGCAGUGCAAGUCCUGCCCUUACUUUCUGGACUUUGUCCUAGCUGAAGCACAGGCUGGGACAAAGGGACAGGAUUAUGUUCUGAAUGUUGUAAUAACUCAUGAUUUCUAUAAAAAGGAAAUAAAAUUUUCUUAUGAAGUAUAUUAGAAAGGUAAUUUUUUUGCCAAGAUAUACGACAUGUUUUUGACUCUUACAGUGCCAAUUUUAAUAGACUUAACCCCUUAAG